AUCUAGUUUUGUUGCUAAUGCUUCCCGAAACAUGGAGUUAACUGGUAAAGACAACCAAAAUGUUCUACUAGAGGCUCGUAAAAACGGGAAGGAGGAAACUGAAGACAGUCGUUUGGAGUCUUGUUUGGACCAACCUUUGGAAUCGAGCAUUCUGGAGGUCAUCAAGUAUACACCACCUGUUCUGCCUGCUAAACAUUAUGAUGAGGAGACCACCGAACCAAUCAGCUAUGGUAUUUGCUCACUGGAGAAGUUGUUGUCCUGGAGUCGAAACGAGGCAAACCCCUUCAAUGUGGCUGUAGCUCCGCUGGCUCCUCGCGUGCCUCGUCUGGCCAACUGUCUGCACCGCACAUUGGUGUCUCAUGAUAUGAUGGGUGGCUACCUAGAUGACAGGUUUAUCCAGGGCACAAAUGCAGACAACCCAUAUGCCUUCUAUCACUGGCAGUACAUAGAUGUUUUCAACUACUUCACACAUCAGUUGGUCACUAUUCCUCCUGUCGUAUGGACCAAUGCUGCUCAUAAACAUGGAGUCCUUGUUAUUGGAACUUUUAUCACUGAGUGGAGUGACGGAGCUGCAAUGUGUGAGAGCUUUCUGAGUGAUGAGGAGUCCUAUCGGGCCGUGGCUGAUAAACUAGUCCAGAUCAGUCAAUACUAUGGCUUUGACGGCUGGCUCAUUAACAUCGAGAACACCCUCAGUGAAGCUGCAGUGAAGAACACGCCUUUGUUCCUUCGUUAUCUGACUGACCAGAUGCACGAGCGAGUGUCCAGCAGCCUGGUCCUGUGGUAUGACAGCGUGAUCGAGAGCGGAGAGCUCAAAUGGCAGAAUGAACUUAACCAGUUCAACAGAAUGUUUUUUGAUGCCUGUGAUGGAUUUUUCACCAACUACAACUGGACAGAGGAGAACUUGGAGGGGAUGAAGAACUACUCUGAGCUCCAAGGCCGCCAGGCAGACAUUUACGUAGGAGUUGAUGUGUUUGCUAGAGGAAAGGUGGUUGGUGGAAAAUUUGAAACAAACAAGGCUCUGGAACUCAUUCGAAAGCACAACUUCUCUGCAGCCAUCUUUGCUCCAGGCUGGGUCUACGAGACCCUCAGUGAUAGAAGUGAAUUCUGCAAGAAUCAAGACAAGUUCUGGGCUCUUUUGUCAGAUUACCUGUAUAUCCACCAUCCAGUCUCACAUCUGCCCUUCGUCUCCUCCUUCUGCCAGGGCUUUGGGAAGGCAAUCUACUGGAGAGGACAGUGUGAGACUGAAAGGAGCUGGUUCAAUCUGACUGCUCAGGAGGUCCAGCCUCUGUACUACAGCCAGGAAGUGGAGGGUCGGUGCAUCCUGAGGAGCUCCAGCUGCUCGAAGGACGCCUGGAAUGGAGGCAGCUCGCUGCUGCUGGAGGGAACCAUACCUGCAGCUCAAAACUCUCCACUUACAGCCAAGAUCUUCUCUCUCCAAGUACCUCUGGACUCUAAAGUUUUGGUGACUCUGGUCUACAAGGCCUCUGCUGGGAUCACAGUCUCGCUGCAGCUGAAGACGAUAAACGCCACUCAUGCUGACACCCAGGAAGUGACAGUUCCCUGUGUUUCCCCUGAGGUUCUGGAUGAAGGGCACCAGAUAGUGAGCCAGUUUUCUCAGCUGUGUGGAAACCUGAAUCCAGAUGGCUGGACUUUAAGAUGUUCGCAGCUGGAGCUUCAUGGCUGCUUUCUCAGAGAAGUUUGUGUUCUUAUUCAGCGGGAAGGAGCACCUCGGGACGAGCCUUUCAGCUGCAGGCUUGGAGAAAUAAUGGUGCUGGAUGUAGGUGGUCUGCAGGGACCCCCCCUUGCUGUUGCGGGUUUGUGCAUCAACGAUGUUGUUUGGAUGCGCGGUGCCGGUUCAUCACCAGAGGGUGCAUCCCCCCUCCUGCGCCUGAACGCCACCCUGCGCUGGAACUAUCCGCUCCAACUUGUGCGCCACUUCAGGGUGUACUGGCGUCGGCUGAGAGGCCCCGAUCCUCGAAUCCCUCCGGGUCCACUGGAGCUGGUGAGCAAGGCUUACUCAAACGUGUUCAGGGUGACGGAGCUGGUUGUGCCAGAACCACCCGGCCUGGUUGAGCUGCUCGUGGAACCAGUGAUGAGGAAUGGCUUCCAAGUUCCUGAACACCUGUGGGGAAGAAGGCAGCUCAGCUACACUGAGGACUUUGCACAAUAGAUUUUACACAAAGAUGCUUUGGCUGUUUCACCAGAGACGUUGGUGCAGUCAAGAACUGGACCGGUCUCAGCUGCGGCACUUUAUCUGAAGUCUUUCUUCUCAUUAAUAGAUUGAAAUGAUUUUCUCGCAGGAAUGUAGUGGAAAAGGCUGCAGG